CGAUCAAUAAUUGGAGCUAAGCACGCAUGCCCUUGUUGUAUUGCAGUCAACUCAUACGGAUCUAUCCAACUUUGGUCAUCAGAUCCCUAACGGCGACAACUGUAACUGUUACAGAUCAUAUUCUCUUCUUCUUUACCAUCCUUUCUUUUACGGUAAAUCUUUUGAUUCUGGAUGUACUGAAGCCAUGAGGAAAAAGCUCGAUACACGUUUCCCUGCUGCUCGGAUUAAAAAGAUAAUGCAAGCUGAUGAGGAUGUUGGGAAGAUUGCCAUGGCCGUGCCAGUAUUAGUUUCCAAAGCGUUGGAAUUGUUCUUGCAAGAUCUUUGUGAUCGCACAUAUGAUAUCACUCUCCGUAGAGGAGCUAAGACUGUUAAUUCACUACAUUUAAAGCACUGUGUUCAAAGCUACAACGUGUUUGAUUUUCUGAGGGAAGUUGUCGGCAAGGUCCCUGAUUAUGGCCAUUCAGAAGCUGGUGCAGAUGACCGUAACAUGGCAAAGAGAAAGAAAGCUGCUGCUGAUGAAGUGAAUGAUAGUGAUGAAGAAUUAAAGAGGAAUAGGACGAAUGAAGCAGGACACACAAGCAGCAGUGGCAGGGGCAGAGGUCGUGGUAGAGGAAGAGGACGUGGCCGAGGCAGAGUUGCUGCAGAACGAGAGCCUCCACAGAUAGAACCAGAAUCGGAAUCUUGCACACUAUCCUUUCAGCAGGUUAGCAAGCAAAACCUGAGCCCACAGGGGGCUCCUGACAACCAUUCAGAGCCGAAAGCUGAAAUGGCACCCGACAUUAGUCCAAGUACAGGUGCCCUGAACUUUGAUCUGAAUGCUGGCUUUGAUGAGAAUACAGAUAAAGGGUCUGCCGCCUCAGAUGGAGGUGCUGCACCACCACCACCUCCGCCACCACAAGCAGCAGCAGCAGCGUCUUCACAACCACCGCAAACUGCCCCAGCUCCUGGUGGUUCGUCAUCAGCAGAACCUAGUGAAGUUGCAAACAGUGAGUAUCCCGGGUGGUCAGUUUCAGAAAUAGAUAGGAUCACCAUUGAUCCUCAUCUUGCACAAAUCAACUCAAAAUUGGAUGAGGAUGAAGACUAUGAUGAAGAAUAGAAGUGCUUCAUUACCAAAAUGGCUUCUCAUUAGGUGCUAAUUUGUACGAAAACUUGCUGAAAAAGGAAAGAAAGACGUCCUACCAAAGGCGCUUAGUUGCCUACCUAUUAUUUUGGGAGUUAUUUUCAUUUUUCGUUGUUUUAUGUGUUUGUAUUCUUCGUUUCAUAGUCGUACUGAUGCUAUCCUAAAGUUUCUGUGAAUCUGUGGUACAAAAUCUUGAACUA